AUGACGGAUGAUUCUAGAGACAUCGAGAAGCUUUACGAGUAUGGAGAGAAACUCAGCGAAGCCAAAGAAAAAUCUCAAAAUAAGGGGGAUUACGAGGGAAUAAUUGCGGCUGCAAAUGGCAGCGUGAAGGCGAAGCAAUUGGCUGCGCAGCUGAUACCAAGGUUUUUCAAGCAUUUUCCUGAGCUCUCGGAGCAAGCUCUCGACCAGCACUUGUAUCUGUGCGAGGAUGAGGAACUUGGGGUAAGAGUACAAGCUAUACGCGGGCUUCCUCUUUUUUGCAAGGAUACUCCAGAACAUCUGGCUAAAAUAGUUGACAUCCUUGGUCAGCUCCUUGUAGCGGGAGAUAACGUGGAGCGUGACGCAGUGCAUAAAGCCCUUAUAUCUUUAUUGCGGCAGGAUGUUAGAACUUCCUUGACAGCUUUAUUUAAGCACAUUGGAAGCACUGAUGAUCGAACUGCUGAUGAUGUUAGCACUUGGGAGACGAUUCGUGAAAAGGUUCUCUGUUUUGUUAGAGAUAAGGUGUUUCCUCUUAAGGGAGAGCUACUAAAGCCACAGGACGAAAUGGAGAGGCAUUUAACUAAUUUGAUAAAGCAGAAUUUGCAAGAUGUGACAGCAGUUGAAUUUAAAAUGUUUAUUGACUUUUUGAAGAGCUUGAACUUAUUUGGACAGAAGGCUCCUGUGGAGCGUGUUGAGGAACUUGUUGAGAUCAUUGAAGGCCAGGCUGAUCUUGAUGCUCAAUUUGACGUUACAGAUGGUGAUCACAUCGAACGUUUUAUAUCCUGCCUGCGCAUGGCCCUUCCGUUUUUCAUGAGGGGUGCAUCAAGCAGUAAGUUUCUCAACUAUCUGAACAAGCAAAUUGUACCAGUCUUUGACAAGCUUCCUGAAGAACGAAAAUUAGACCUGCUUAAGAACCUUGCAGAAUGUUCACUUUAUGCAAGACCACAGGACGCAAGACAGAUUCUUCCUUCAAUUGUUCAACUUUUAAAGAAAUAUAUGGUUAGAAGGAAGAUUGAAGAGAUAAACUUCGCAUUUGUUGAGUGUCUGUUGUAUUCAUUCCACCAUUUAGCUCACAAGACUCCAAAUGCUACAAAUAGCCUGUGUGGCUACAAGAUCGUCACAGGUCAGCCUUCAGACAGACUUGGAGAAGAUUUUUCAGAUAUAUACAAGGACUUUACGGAAAGAUUGAGCACUAUUGAGGAUUUAGCAAAGGCUAUGAAUAAGAAACUGACACAAGGGAUGGCUGAGCACAACAAAGCUAUGGCAGCUGCUAAAACUGAAGAAGAAAAAAAUGUCAUUAAGAAGCAGAAGCAGAAUGCUACAACUUGUCUUAGAACCUGCAACAACAUACUGGCGAUGGCUCAGCCAUUGCAUGCAAAAGCACCAUCAUUUAUUGGGGAUCAGAAAAUUAGUUUGUCAUGGAAAGAAGUAACUAAAGCUUCAACUCCAUCAAGCACCGCUGCUGCUGGUAAAAAACGAAGUGCUGCUACUAAUGAAUCUGGCGCCAAUGCAUCCAAAAGGGGUAGGGGAAUGGGAGGUGUACAAAACCAACUUCUUAAUAAGGCAUUUGAAGGUUUAAAUGGUGGCCGAGGCGGUGGAAGAGGUGGUGGGAGAGGUGGUGGAUGGCGGGGUCGUGGUAGAGGAAGGAGUUAUCGCUAA